UCAUUUUCUAUUAUUAUUAUUAUUAUUAUAUUAUCAGCUUAAUUUUAACAUCAGAAUUGUAAUGUCUGCUUUUCUCCCUCCAAUAUUUGUUUACGUUAUAAGUCGAAGCUGCCUUACUCAGCUUAUUUUUUCUCAGCCGGUGUUUCCUUAGUCAUCAUGGAAACUCUUAAAAGUAUAGGAUAUAUAACUUCAACCGGUCGACUAUGGAAUGAUUUCUUUGCUGUGGAAAGUUUCGUCUAUGUUAAUUUCUACAUAUCCUGGCUACUAAUAUUCACACAUCAGUUUAACGAGAGGCCGUUGGAAUGUGUGGAAGCGAAUAAAGUGAUGGAUUCGUACUGCCUGUACAUUGGAACUUUCACAAUCGACAAACAGGGUAAUGUGGAGAAGCACGAUUACAUCCAAUGGAUUCUGAUAUUCAUGGUGCUUAAUUGCCUCGUGAGUUGCAUGCCGUUCCUUCUCCGUGGAUACAACAGGAGAGAAAUCGUUUCUAAAUACAUCGCCUUCAUCGAUUUCAAUUGCUGGAAGAAUGAAGCUUUGAUAAAAGCUGUGCAGAACGAAGAACACAUCCAAUGUAAUAAAGAGCAAGAGUGUUUGGACAAAAUGUAUGAAUUGGCUAAAAUAUUAAACAGGAGAAUAUCCUAUGGUGUCAACACAAUAUGGGCAAGGCGUUUAAUAAUUUCAUUUGAAGUUACACACAUGUUCUUUUUUAUUGCUCGUGUUUGCUAUACGCAUUUAUUAAUCAAUUAUAAAUACCUUAGCCUUGGGUUCAACUGGAUAAACCAUGAUGAAAUAUUUCCUAAGAGGACGAAGUGCAAUUUUCACACCAUCGGACCAAGUGGAACAUUACAGCUCCAUGACGUCCUUUGCAUUUUAAGCAUAAAUUUUUACUUUCAGUGGUUUCUCAUUAUAAAUUGGUAUAUAGAUGUGACCAUGGCUAUUUUUUACAUCAUGAUUGUGGUCGUACGUAUAAUGCAAUUUUUGUUUCAUAAAAGUGUUUUAUUUAACAGAACUCUCGGACCUCAGGUGUAUCAUCAUCAUCUUCCGUGGGUUACAAACUUGGAUUACUCUGAUUGGCUUCUUAUGAAAGAACUGUCAAAAAAUAUGAACAGUGAAAUCUUUUCCAUACUAAUUUCAUUCAUGGUACAAUCCAGCUACUUGUCGCAAAAUCAGAUAACUAAAAAGCAAAAAUAAACAAAUAUUAAAAAAAACAAUAACACUACAAAGUUCC